AUGAUGCAGCGACUGCGGGUCAGAUUCCGGGCAGCGGCCGAUGCGGUGAUGGUGGGUUACCAUAAUCACGCGGUAUAUUGCAACGAGACGCAAGUACUACUCCGAUUUGACGUGCUCGAUAUCGACGUGCCCGUCGUAGAGGUGCGUAGGCUGUUCGAAGGGGAACUGUCGGACGUCAAGUUGCCGGAGGACUACUGCUUCAAACUGACGAAUUCCAGUGGGCCGUCCACGCGAACAGUACUGCGGCCAGAACGGUUAUACGUGUGUCAACAAGUGCUGCAAUUUAAAUGA